ACCGGGCAGCAGGAUUAGAAAGAACAGUCAUCUCCAAAUGUUGCACUUAAAUAACAUCUCUUCUGAUAUGAACAAAUUACUACAAUCUUUGGCUGCAUUUCCAUCAAUUAAGACACUUGAAUUACAGGAAAACAAUCUUACAAAUAUUGAUGCAAUUCAUGCACUGAGAAACUUGAGCAACCUGGAAGAGUUGAUUCUUGACUACACUUAUCUCCAUAAAGACUUUCUUCAAAGCAUUGGAUCAAUGAACAUGCUCAAAGUGUUGUCAUUAUAUGGAGCCCAAUUAGGAGGUACUUUACCUAAUAAAGGUUGGUGUGAACUAAUGAACCUUCAAAAGCUCAGAUUUGGUGCAAACCAGUUUGAGGGAAUGCUCCCAUCAUGUAUGAGAUAUUUGACAUCUCUUCAGUUGGUUGAUCUCUCUCUAAACAAGUUUGUUGGAAACAUUGAUUCAUCCCCACUUUCAACCCUCAUUUCACUUGAAACUCUUUCAAUUUCAAAUAACUCCUUUGAAGUGCCCACCUCAUUCAAGUCUUUUGCUAACCAUUCCAAACUUAGGAUCUUUGAAGCCGAUGGAAAUAAAGCAAUUGUUGAAACUGAGUGGCAUCUUUUAGUGCCUAAGUUCCAAUUAGAUAUCUUUACCAUGUCAAAUUGCAUUGGCCUUCUAAACUUGCCUAGAUUUCUUCAUUACCAGCACAAUUUAAAAGUUCUUCAGAUCACUAGAAACAAUUUGGAGGGAGAAUUUCCUAAUUGGUUGCUACAGAACAACACAAAACUUGAAGAAAUUUUUAUGAACAACAAUGCUUUCACAGGAAUCCUUAAGUUGCCAUCACAUCUUAACCUUUACAUGGGGGUGAUUGAUUUCUCCAAAAACAAGUUAAGUGGAGAAAUUCCCAACUUAAGUUCAACAUUUCCAAAUAUAUGGAUACUAAACCUCUCCUACAAUUUGUUCAAGGGUGAGAUACCUUCCUAUCUUGGCAAUUUGAACCAGUUGGAAUUGUUGGACUUGUCAAACAAUUCAUUGAUAGGUGAAAUUCCAAAGGAGAUGUUGAUAUAUUGCCACUCUUUGAAUUUUCUCAAACUAUCAAAUAAUAAGUUGGAAGGAGGAAUAAUACAAGAAUUUGCCUACUCAUCAUCGCUCUGGUACUUGUAUCUUGAUGGUAACAAUUUCACAGGCACCAUAUCGGAUAGCCUUUCUAAUAUCUCCCUGUGCUCUUUGGAUAUUAGUGGCAACAAUCUUUUUGGAAAAAUUCCAAGUUGGAUGGGUCAUAUGACAAGCUUACAACAACUCUCGAUUUCUAAGAAUCAUCUUGAAGGUCCAAUUCCUAUAGAGUUGUGUAAGCUUGAAAUCCUCAUUCUUCUAGACUUAUCAGAGAACAAUAUAACAGGGUCAAUUCCAUCUUGCCUCAACCCAUACUACAUAAGACAUGUUCGCCUUGGUAAAAAUCACUUGAGAGGUCAACUCACGCAGGCAUUUUUGAAUAACACUGCCUUAGUAAUACUUGAUCUCAGUGAUAAUGGCUUUGUUUUCCUAUUCCAGAUUGGAUAGGCAGCAUCUCCAAAUUGAGCAUUCUUCUCCUCAAAGGAAAUCAGUUUGAAGGUAAGAUUCCAAUUCAAGUAUGCCAACUUAUGAGACUAAGUUUAUUAGAUUUAUCUAAUAACCAUCUUACUGGUCCUAUACCCCAUUGUCUGGGUAAAUUGAGUCUGGAGGUGACUGAUGAAAAAAUCACAACCAUCAAAAUGCUAUCUUAUUUUUCCCAAAUUGAGCCUAUGUUCACAAUUUCGCUCCCAGCAAAUGUUGUUCCUCCGGAGGUGGAUUUCACAACAAAAGGAAAUUUGUAUAACUAUGAAAGUAGCAUCCUCAAAUAUAUGUCUGGAAUCGAUCUAUCUGCAAAUAGACUCAUUGGUGAAAUUCCAAAUGAGUUUGGAAACUUAACAAACUUAUCAUACAACAAUCUUAGUGGCACAAUCCCUGAAACAUUUUCAAGAUUGCAUAAUAUCGAGAGUCUAGAUCUUUCGCACAACAAGUUGAAUGGGAGAAUUUCCAACGCAUUACUUAAGCUCAACACAUUGGAGGUCUUUAGUGUUGCAUACAACAACUUAACAGGUGCAAUACCAGAACAAAAAGCUCAAUUUGGAACAUUCGAUGAAAACAGUUACCAAGGCAAUCCUUAUCUUUGUGGACCGCCAUUGCGUACUAGUUGCAGCAACAUCAAGUCACCACCAUCUCCAUUGCCAUCUAACUCUGAUGGUAAGAGUGAAGAAAAUAAUGGUGUAGAUCUAGAGGUUUUCUACAUUAGCUUUGGUGUAUCAUAUGUUAUUUUUUUGUUAGGAACAAUCUUGGUGUUGUAUAUAAAUCCUUAUUGGAGAAAUACAUGUCUUCAAUAUAUUGAGGUCAUUGUAUAUAAGUGGUUUGG